CACAUAGUUUAUAUGAAUCGAUCUCUAUCCAAUCCAACCUUACCCAGUUGAACUACAAACCAAUCCAAAGGACCAUACUUUCCAUCAUCCACGGAUUGUGCAACUGUGUAAGAGAGAGACUCAAUCAGCAAUGGGAGGAGGAACCAUCAUGCAUUCCAACCAUCCUAUGCCUCACUUUAGGAACACUCUCACCAAUCUUAAGCCUCCACUUUCAACUGACAACACCACCCUAUCUUGCUGCGUUUGUCAGUGUCACAAUCAACUUUGCACAAAACAGCCUGUUCCAUCUCAAAGGGAAGUCCAAGAUGCCAUGUCAUCUCUUCAAGAAUUUAUGCGAGCAGCAUCAUCAUCAAGCACAGUUCAGCAAAUAUCAGGCUCUUAUGGUCAGAGGAUAGUGAAUUCUCAUGGAUAUAAAAGACUAUAUGAUGCUUUUCAGUUGCUGCAAGAUGAUCCUGCUAUUAAGAGGUUAGUGGUUUCAUUGUCAUCUGAUAAAGCUCUUUGGGAUGCUGUCAUGAGCAAAGUGCUGCAUCAAAAGCUCCUAGAGUUGCCUGAUUCAGUUGAAAGUAGAAGGCCACAGAUUCCAGAACUAAAUGAAAUCGGCAUACAUGUAUUGAGCUGGACAUUGGAUAUCAUAAAGGGAAAGAUAUUGGAACUGAUAGAAAGUUUCCAGUCACUUGUGAAUGAUUUAUUUCAAUGCUCUAGGAUGGAAAAUACUACAACAGAUGAUGCAACAGAGUUGGAUGAAAAAGUUAGGUCAUCUUUCCUUCUCUCCAUAGUAAUCCUCUUGAUUGUAAUUGUGGCUCGAUCUCAAAGGUUUUAGUUGGAGUGUGGAUAUGGCCAAACUUCUUCACUGUAGAUUUAUAAUUAUGGACAUUUUUUAAUAAUUUUUUUCAGAAACACUUGAAAAAAAUAUGAAAUAAACUUCUUUAUUGACAAUACAUAAAUUAAUUUGUAAAAGUUCUCUCCUAAU